AUGGGGAUCAGGGGCCUUACCCAAGCUCUGAAAGCUCUGCCUGUGAGCCAAAAGGUUGAGCUGCGAGGAAAGGACAUCGUCAUCGAUGGCCCAGCUUUGGUCCACCGAAUAUGGGAGCUGUUGAUGCAAGACCAGCAUCCCUCAAGCAUUGCCCUAGGCCAGGUCGCAUAUGCCCAGCUGGGGCAGAGCGUUAUUGGCUGGCUCGAUGACUUGCGCGACCAGGGGGCCAACGUGAGGAAGAUCUACUUCGAUGGCUACUUGCCACCUUUCAAAUGGCAGACGAGAAAGGAGAGACUUGUCGCACAAACCAUGAACGUGCAGGGCUUGGCAACCAAGUAUCGCAACGGGGUCAGGCUCGGCGCUGGAACCCGGGCCGACGGCCGUCCAAACCAUCCCGAAGAGGAUGGGUUGCGUAUAAGUGACGAAGAGGGAAACGGGGCUUUCCGCACAUCAAGUUUGCGCUUCUCCAGACGCACCAAGGACCGUCUUGACAACCUACCAAAGCACCCAUUUCUGAUUCCCUCAGUCAUUGACAGUCUGAAGGCCUCUGAUGACUACGUCGACGUUGUCGAGCUCGUGCCAGGAGAGGCCGACGUCUUCUGUGCCGAUGACAUUAGGCAGAAUGGCGGCUUAUUGUUCACAGGCGACUCUGACCUCCUCAUACAGGACCUAGGGCCAGACGGAUCUGUGGUGUUCUUCUGGGACCUUUGGGACGGGUUAGCAGAGGAUCCCGAUGCCCCAGGGGCUGGCCAACACCAGUCAUUGGCCGUGAAAGAUAAAAAGGUGCCCUUCAAGGCUCUAUCAUACUCGCGCUAUAAUAUAGAACGUGUUCUUGGCAUCGAAGGUACCGGUGGACUGCCUAGGCUCGUAUUCGAAUGGCAGAGGAGGAGAGAAACUCUGCUGCAAGCCCAGGCACACAUGGGACCAGACAGUGACAGUCCCUUUGACGAGGAGGGGUUCAACAAGUUUCUAAAGGAACAUAUCCCUGAGCAAUACAUCCCAGAACACCAUCCCGUCGUACCCAUGCUAUUCCAUUUGGAUCCCAGGGUCUCUGAAUUCGUCAUCCAGUCGCUCACUACCGAAAUGAUAGAAGAUGAAAAACGCUCAUCCAGCCGCCUCCUGGAGUCCGUCAAGGGCCCCCGGGGCCCUGAAGAGCUCUCGAUAUUCCUGCCCACCAUGAUCGAGGAUACUACGUCGAAAAGCGCCUGGGAGUACAGCCAGACAACCCGGCAACUAGCAUAUGGGCUUGCACGAACUUCUGCCCGUCGGCCGCGCAAGACUGUCAUCGAGUAUCGCACUCUGCUCUCGACCAAAGGGGGGCGCAAAAUCGACGUACCCGAGCGCAGCACAGUGGACCAGUGGUGUGAAAUGCUGGUCGCAACGCUAGACCAGAUUGACGACGAUAUGCCGCGGUGGAAAUGGCUGGCCUUUGCGCUCUACCAAGAGAUCCAGCUUUCGGACGCGGGCGACAGACCCUCGAUGGCAGUCAGGCUCGUGAGAGAAGCAGUAACCGGAGUCCAGAAGCCGGUCAAAUACUCGUGGCAGCACAUCCACCUCGGCGCUGUAAUUCAGGCUUCGUUCUACUCUUUGAGAAUACUCAAGCAACUCUUGGACGUGAGGACGGCCCUGAAACCCGAGCAGAUGACUGACGCGCAAAAGUUGUUACACCAACAUCUCAUGAAAUUCCCCCUCAUCACAGACUGGCCAAGCGUUUUGAAUUUGAGAAACGACCUAUCUGCGGUCGGAAACGCAAGCGGCCUGACACUGAUAUCACGAAUGCUUGGCAUUCCGGAGAUCAAAUUAUGGGACACCCCUGCAAAGGCGACAGGAAAGAAGCGAAAGCUGCCCGUGAAAGCCGAGACAGGCGAGUCUUUGCCGCCGAAGGCAGCCAGAUCAUCGAAUCCAUUCGAAGCACUGGAAAUGGCGUCAGAAUAG